CGGCACAGCUACUACUAGCCAAAAGUCUUAUAGGCCAUUAGGGGUAGAAGAACCACUGUGACCCCUCAACGUUCGUUCCCCCUUCCCCCACCAUCUGAUUUCCUUCCCAAUAGUUUCAUUUUUUUUUUUGUUUUCUUCUCCCGACUGGUUCUUUUCACACACUCACUCUCUCUCUCUCUCUCUCUCUCUCUCUCUCUCUCUCUCCAGUAUUUCAAGCCAGACCCCUACCUCCUUCCUUUUUAUCCCACAAAAUAGAAAAAACUGAAGACAUUUUACAUCCAACAGUGUUGUUAACUAGCUAGCUAGCUCAUAGCCAAUCAGCAAGCAAAUGGGAUUCGUUCCAUCUUUGAAUUUGUUAACGGCCUGUGAGAAUAUAUAGGAGAUAAGAUGCUUCAAUGGCCAUGAAUAUUUCAGCACUUCAAUUGUCUCUCUUACGUACCACUAGUACCCUUAUUAUUACACUUGUUAUCAUCAUCCAUCUUCUCCCUCCAGUCACUUGCUUCACUUCUCCAAUACAACCUCCUGCAGACACUUCUCGGGGUUCGUUACUUGAAGGGAAGACCAGAUUGGGUUCAACCCCGCCCAGUUGCCACAACAAGUGCAACCAGUGCCACCCUUGCUUUGCAGUUCAAGUACCAACCAUGCCGAGUCACGACCGGUUCCAACCAGGCCUCACCCCCACGGAGUUCUCCGACGACUCAUCUCCAUCGUCUUCGUCUUUCACCAACAAGUACACCAAUUACAAGCCUCUUGGCUGGAAAUGCAGAUGCCGCGACCACUUCUUCAACCCUUAAUUAUUCUACUAGAAAAUCCCAAUUUUCCAGCCUUAAUUAAAAUUCCUUAAGUAGUACUGCUUCUACUUAAUGUACUACUAUAUAUAUAUAUAUGUGUGUGUGUGAGUUUGUUUGUUUGGAGACGAUUUCUCUGUCGUGGGCUGAUUAAUCUACACUUGUACAGUCCGGCCGAUCGGGAUCCUCUACAAGGAUUCUCUCCGUGAGGAUGGUGGCUCCGACCGCAUAUUGGUGGUACUUAUAGUCCGUUCUCUUCUUGAAUAGGGCGUUGUUCGUUCCAUCAGUGACUGAUUAUUUUUUUUCCCUAGAGACAAGACAUAAUGAAUGGGGGGGUUGUGUGUACGUAAGCAAUGAGUGUACAUUGAGAUGUCAAACAGAUUUGUACAGAAGUUGUAACAGACUUUCCCAGUCUCGUUUUGGUAAUGGUGCUGCUGCUGCUAAUGCUUUUUCGUA